GCAGAAGACGAAAGGUUAUAUAUCUUUCUUCGAAGACAGCCUUAUAUUUAAACCACACAUACACACACAGACACAAUCACAUCUGAAGCAGAUUCAAACAUGGCGGAAGAAGAAGAAAAGGAGAUGAAGGAGGAGGCAAGAGUGGUGUGCUGCAUAGGCGACAUCCAUGGCUACAUCACCAAGCUCCAAAACCUCUGGUCCAAUCUCGAAUCCGCCAUAGGCCCAUCUCUCUUCCACAAGGCCUUAGUAAUUUUCCUGGGGGAUUAUUGCGACAGAGGGCCCCACACCAACCAAGUCCUCGAUUUCCUCAUUUCCCUGCCCUCCAAAUACCCUAAUCAGUCCCACGUCUUCCUCUGCGGCAACCACGACUUCGCCUUCGCCGCAUUUCUCGGGAUUCUUCCGACCCCGCCGGACGGCUCGCAUUUCCGGCAGACAUGGACGGAGUUCCAGAUGAACGAGGCGAGAGAAGGAUGGUACAGAGGAGAAGGCUAUCAGAAUAUGCACUUGCAGGGUAGGAGGUGGGCGGGGAAGAUGAGUGGGUUCAAUCACGCCAAGGGUACUGAAUACAAGGGCUCCAUUUACGAUGCCGGUCCUACAUUUCAAUCCUAUGGAGUGCCCCAUGCCUCUCCUGAUUUGAGGAAAGCUGUUCCGGAUGAGCAUAAGAAGUUUCUUUCAAAUUUGGUUUGGGUACAUGAAGAGGAUGAUGUCUACAUGGAAACCAAAGACGGGUUAAAAAAAUGUAAAUUGAUAGCUGUCCAUGCCGGGUUAGAGAUGAGCAGGAGCGUUGACGAGCAGAUGAACUAUCUUAAAGCCAAGAACACUAAAAUCCCCAAGGUUGAAUCACUUAGCGGACGAAGAAAUGUCUGGGACAUACCGAAGGAGUUGUCUAAAACACCAACGAUUGUUGUGAGCGGUCACCAUGGCAAGUUGUAUGUUGGAGACUUCCGAUUGAUAAUAGAUGAGGGCGGGGGCUUCCCGAACAAUCCAGUGGCUGCAAUUGUGCUUCCAUCGAGGCAACUGGUGCGCGACACUGAUCAAAUUGACAAAUAGUUUGUGGUCCGAAUGUGUCAAAUGAAGAUUAUAAAGCUUCACUGAUCACAGUGAAUUGGAAUUUAGGCGGGUUACAAUGAAUUACGAUGGCUGAAUUUUCUGAAGAAAGAUGCACAAUUGGAAUAAUCUGGUGGUAUGGAAUAUUAUUGUUUCAUCUUUUUA